GAUGACCAGUGGCGAAUUAUUGAUGAAACAAGAAAGGUGAUCGCUCCGAUUUAUUACUCCCACAAACGAAAAAAGGUCUAAACGGACAUAUCAGUUCAAGAGGGGAGCAGUGUAGCGAAGGGGAAUCUCUACGAUAGCCGCCAAGGAAUAAUCCAAUCAUUGUUUUACUUAACUUAAACGAUCACUAACUGACACAUAGAGAAAACAUAAAACAGAAAGUUCACGUAUGGUUGAUUGGUUCCAAGCACUAUAUCCAAACGGGGCCUCGUGGAAACAAUAACGUUAUUGGAAAGCUUACUGAAUUUACGGCAAAAGUAAGACAACUAGAUUCUACAGAUGAUCAGAUUUACUACCGUUUCUAGAUGCAAUUUAAAUUCGGAGCAUGAGCCAUCAUUCUUGAGUUAAAUACUUUGAUAAAGACAAAAUACAGCAUUAAAGCGCAUGGAAAUUGAAUGCCAAUGAUUGUGUCUGACGUUGAUGAAUCGCGUCUUAUUAACGAGUCGUUGAUUAAAUGGCGAUUAUACAGAGUUUGACGGGAAGUCAUUGCAAUUUAAAAGACAGAUCAGUAGAAGGAGGAGUAAGCAUAUCAUAUGACCUGUGACAAAAGUCACUAAUUGUCUAGUUAUAGCUCUUAAAUUGGCACAUUGAAUUUUCUCCAAGAGUUAGAAGAGCCUGUUAUAACUCUCUUUAGAAAUAUAUUCGUAUUAUUAUGUCCGCCAUGGAUUCGUCUGAUGUAAUGGAUCAGAGCGCUAAUCAAUCACACCUACAACCGUCAGUUAUGGAAACUGGACUAGUAAGGCAGGAAUGCAAUAUGACAGAACCGUUUUGUUGUUUUAACGAAACGGCAAAUUCGACAAUGAACUGUACUGGACAGGGGAAUCCAUACACACAAGAAUGGUACAUUCAGUUGAUCUAUUAUUUCUUUUUCGUGGCGAUGAUUGUCAUUGCUACAGGUGGAAAUAUUAUUGUUGUAUGGAUAGUCCUAGCGCACAAGCGCAUGCGCACUGUGACAAACUACUUUCUUGUGAACCUAGCAAUAGCAGACGCACUGAUUUCAAUAUUUAACACGUCGAUGAAUUUCACCUAUUUGCUGAAUCAGGACUGGUGGUACGGAAGAGCAUGGUGUAAGAUAGUGAUGUUUACGUCCCCAUUUACAAUAUCGGCCAGCGUUUUCACGUUCAUGGCAAUAGCCCUGGAUAGGUAUAAAGCUAUCAUCCAUCCUCUUAAGCCACGGCUCCCAUCCGAGACCAUAUUUCUGAGUAUAUUUUGUAUCUGGACCGCCGCACUUGUGGUAGCCGUACCAAAUCUAAUAUACGCAACGACACACAAGUGGGACUUGGAAAAUUGUGACACUCGCACUGUUUGUUACUUAGAAUGGCCAGAUGGUGUUUAUAUGGCACAUGACCACAUGUACAACGUAAUCCUUCUUCUGUUGAAUUACUUCAUCCCAUUGGUUAUCUUGGCCGUGACGUAUGCCAUGGUUGGCAAAGCAUUAUGGGGAAGUCAAACAAUUGGGGAAAAUGUUGGAGCACGACAUGGUGAAAAUGUCAAAUCGAAGAGAAAGAUCGUUAAGAUGAUGAUCGUGAUUGUUGCAAUAUUUGCCGUUUGUUGGUUUCCGAUGCACCUUUAUUACAUCAUCGUUUACCACUUCCCCGACCUUACGCUACAGCCGUUUGUGCAACAUCUGUAUUUGGUGUUCUACUGGCUUGCCAUGAGCAACUCCAUGUACAAUCCACUGGUGUAUUGUUGGAUGAAUCAGAGAUUCCGCCAAGGCUUUCGCUACAUUUUCCGCUGGCUGCCAUGUAGUAAACGCAUGCCACGUGACCCUUUAGAUCGAGCGGGCACUGCUAUCUCCAUGCGCUACAGCCCAUCAGACGACCACAACAGAAACGGCUCCAUGAGCCAGACGGUUGUGGAAAGUCUCGACGACUGCAGUGCCCCGUUGAAAGAUGCACUGAAAGAUGAAACAAAUGGUACAAGGGGAAAUGCGGGAAAGAAAUGGGCGACAACUGGACGUUUCUGAUCAGAGUGAUUCAAAUGACAUAUCCCUGGGAUGUAUCACUUGAACUUACCUAUUACUAAGCUGUAAUUAAUGUUCUAGUUUAUGUAGAUACAUGCGUUUAACUUUUGAUCUGCUGAUACUUAUUUUGUGACAUAAUAGAAAAGUUAGAUUAUAUGUGAAAGGUCGGAAUUGUAUUAUUGCAUUUUAUCUCACUCAUAAACGAGGCCCGACUCUUAUAUUGAGUUUCAGCCAGCCAUUUAGAACCUCAGUCAUGAUAAUUCCCAGCUAUUUAGAUAUGCAUGUGAUGAGCUACAUCAACGAGAUUAUAUGUUAAGCCCAAGAUAUAAACUUCGUCAUAUGCUGAAGCUUAGUCAUAUUGUCAGGUCAUAUUGUGACAUUUGAUCAAUUUAGAUCUGACAAUGGAUAUAUUUAGGACAUCGUUGGAUUGGAAUGUCAUAUAAUCAAAUGCUAUCCUGACCAAUGUUUCACGAAAGUUAUGUGCAUGAAUUGUGUAUAUACUAAAUGUCUAUUAUAAAUGUAUCAAUUACAUAAGCAUAAUGUGCAGUUAUUCCCAAUAAGGCUCCGACGUGUCAUCAGUCAUUAUCGACCCACUUUAGACAUAAAUAAAGUUUGCAUGCAUCUAGAUGGAUGCUGAUGGUAAGAAUAAUGAAUCGAAGAUAAAUUGAAUGCCAUCCAUUUGGAAAAUGUCAACCCAUGAUCUGUUCCUGAUGUGCAUAUGACAAGUGCAGAUCAACUCCUAAUCUACCCAAUAUACCUCAGUAUAUAUUAAAACAGUUGCGAAUGUGCUCGUAGCGUUAAAUGUAACACUACUCGUAUCCGUAUGAUGCUCUAUUCCGCUAUGAAGACACAUACAUUUGGAGAGGGGAGGUUCGAGGUUAAUCUACACAUUUUAAAGAUUACUUUUUCCGUUAACGUGUAAUAUCAUGAUCCCCAGGGACAACUGCCCCCAUAGAGCAGAAUAAUUCAACACAUUGAUAUACCAAUUACUUUUAAAAUGCGUAACUUGAAUUCCUAAUAAUGCGUAAUUUAUAUUUAUGAAUCCAAUGACAGUUGUUUCUUUUAUGUGAUCGGUAUAACAUGGCCUUUGUAAAUUCAGAAUGGCGUACAUAUGUAAUAUUAUGUGUAAAUAUGCCUAAUGGGGAAAGGUGGAGAAAAUGUAGAUCAAAAUUAUUCAAAAGGUUGAUGUCCUCAGUUUCUUAAUUCACUCUCCUUAGUCUUGCUACAAGCCUACUUGUCCCUAUUACCUCCCCACAGUGUGAAAAGUUUUGUUACCUGAGUAGUAAAGUAGUGGGAGAGGGGUCACAUGGUCAAUCUUUACUGAACUUUUGUAAACAUGGUUACACAAGAGUGUAACACCUUACCUAACAAUAUUGAUGUGUAUAUAUGUGUAAAUAAUAGUUCGAUAAUGAUGCAUGGAAUAUAUAGUACAGGGUGAGAAAAAAUGUAAUUAUCAAAUGUUGAUUUUAGCUUAGCCAUUUACUAUUUGGAACAAUUAAACCUAGUUCAAUGUCUUUUCAUCAAUGGCCAUUUUACCAAGCACGCAGCUCCAAAUCCCAGUCUCGUCUCAUGAUCCCCUCCCUCAGCCAUUUUUGGUGCUAUCUCAAAACUAACAAUCCAAGAAACAUCACCAGAGAGUUCAAAUGAGAUAUUCGAAAAAAGAUGAGAGCCAUUUACACAAUGUGCCUGUAAGCGUGUGAUGAACAACUUCAGUCGAUGCGUUCAAGUUUUCCUCUAGGACGAGGCCAGAACUCGUUGCAUAUUUUUGAAAAUGGUCACAAAAUGAUGACCCAUGACAUAGACCCGGGCCCAUAAAACUUUAUAGAAUGCAAGAUCAUUGAACGAGGUUUAUUUGUGUCUAAUGUAACUUUAAAGCCAUGCUGAAUGACUGAGCUAUAAUCAUUUCCUUGUGGUACAUUUUUUGGCUCACCCUUACCCAUUGCUUUUUAUAUAUAAAGGCAUUUUACAGGACUGCUGUGAAAUCUUAUACAAUGUGAAAUUAAUAUAUUGUGAUUCAUAAUUUGGAUGAUCUCUCCGUUGGUAUUCUCUUGAUCCUACAAUAUUCUGGACUGUCUAAUCAGCGUAGAAGACCUUUAUUGAUCCUGGCAAUAUAACGAGUGGUAGUCCGCUCAUGUAUGUUACGCGAUAUAUGGCAUACAUUCAUGGUUGCGCGGUAUUUGUGAUACGGGUGAAUGUGCCAUACUCACCUGCGGU